UCAACCAGUCUUCGACCAAUCGAGAAGAUGGCCUCCUCCUCCAGGAUGCUCACGGUGGUGGUGCUGGCGGCGCUGGUCGCCGGUGCGAUGUGCGCCGUGAGGGUGAAGUUGACGGUGGAGAAGGGGUCCGACAAAAAGAAGCUGGCGCUCAAGAUCGACUACACAAGGCCAGGCGACAGCCUGUCAGAGGUGGAGCUCCGGCAGCACGGCUCAGAGGAGUGGCAGCCGUUGACCAAGAAGGGCGACGUGUGGGAGGUCUCGUGCUCCAAGCCACUGGUUGGCCCCUUCAACUUCCGCUUCUUGUCCAAGAAUGGCAUGAAGAACGUCUUCGACGAGGUCUUCUCCACCGAUUUCAAGAUCGGCAAAACCUACCAACCAGAAUAUUGAUCGAUACCGUCCAAGUUUCAGUUGGUCAAGAUCGUCGUAAUUAAUUAAUUCCCAUGUAUGAGUCGCGUUGGAAAUAUGCGCCUGCAUGAGUGG